AUGAUAGAGACUGUGGGAAAUCAGUAUGUGGUAUCCAGGCCAAUAUAUUCAGAAAAUGCCUUCCAUAAUGAGCAUGAAAAAUUGCACAGAUAUCAUAAAACAUUUCUGGACCAUCUUCGAGUUUUCUUUGGAUGUUCUGGAGAGAAAGCCAAGAGAAUUGCCUACACAUUCUUCCCAAUUGCUUCCUGGCUUCCAAUAUAUCGAGUUAAAGAGUGGAUUCUAGGUGAUAUUGUUUCUGGGAUCAGUACCGGUCUGGUAGCAGUCCUACAGGGCCUGGCAUAUGCUCUCCUGGUAAAUGUUUCUCCUGGGUAUGGUCUGUAUGCAGCUUUUUUUCCAGUCAUCAUCUAUUUUUUCUUUGGCACUUCCAAGCAUAUAUCUGUGGGUCCCUUUCCAGUGCUGAGUUUGAUGAUUGGUACAGCAGUACUCAGGUUGGCUCCUGAUGAUCCAACUAUCAAUGCUAAUAACACAGAAGCAAUAACGUUGCUGAAUGAAAAACGAGUUGCUGUGGCUGCAUCUGUAACCGUGCUUGCUGGCAUCUUUCAGUUGGCUAUGGGACUACUGCAAAUUGGAUUCAUAGUGAUUUAUUUAUCGGACUCCCUUAUAAGUGGCUUUACAACUGCUGCUGCAAUACAUGUUUUGGUGUCACAACUAAAGUUUGUUUUUGGAUUAAAAGUAGAGCCAUUUAGUGGACCACUGUCCUUGUUUUAUACUUUGAAAGGCAUAUUUAUCCAGAUUACAGACACAAACAUUGCAGAUCUUGUAACUUCCAUAAUCAUAAUGGUUGUAGUCUUUGUUGUAAAAGAAAUCAAUGACCGUUUCAAAGCAAAGAUUCCUGUACCGAUCCCCAUUGAAGUUAUUAUGACAAUUAUUGCUACGGGUGUAUCCUAUGCAUUUAACUUCAAGGAUAAAUAUAAAGUGGAUAUUGUUGGAAAGUUAGAAAAAGGAUUUCAGCCUCCAAUAGCACCAAGCCUCUCCGUUUUUCAGGAUUGUAUAGCAGACGGUUUCUCCAUUGCAAUUGUUGGAUUUGCUGUUGCCUUUUCUGUUGCAAAAGUAUAUUCUAUCAAGCAUGACUAUAUUAUAAAUGGAAAUCAGGAAUUAGUGGCAUUUGGAUUAAGCAACAUAUUUGGUGGCUGUUUCAAGGGAUUUGCAGCAAGCACUGCACUAUCAAGGUCAGCUGUGCAAGAAAGCACAGGAGGCAAAACUCAGAUUGCCGGAUUAUUAUCAGCUAUAAUCGUUAUGAUUGUCAUCUUGGCUAUAGGAUUUCUCUUUGAACCACUACAGACGUCUGUACUUGGAGCCUUGGUGAUUAUCAAUCUGAAAGGAAUGCUCAUGCAAUUUAAUGAACUUCCUGUUUUGUUCCGGAAAGAUAAAUAUGAUUCGUUAGUAUGGAUUGUGACCUUCUUAGCUGCUGUUCUACUUGGACUUGACCUUGGACUAGCAGUAGGAGUGGGCUUUGAGUUGCUGACUGUUGUAUUCCGUGCCCAGUUCCCCAAAUGCUCUCAGAUUGCUAAUGUUGGAGGAAGUAACAUUUACAAGAACAGGAAAGAUUAUAAAAACAUAUAUGAGCCUCAGGGAGUGAAGAUUUUCAGAUGCCCAUCACCAAUAUUCUUUGCCAAUAUAGAUUUUUUUAAAGACAAACUCAUAGCUGCUGUUGGCUUUAACCCACUGAGAAUCCUACGUAAGCGGAACAAAGCACUGAGAAAAAUCAGGAAGCUCCUGAGUAAAGGAGAACUUCAGUGGACACCAAAAGGUAUGAUCAAUACUUCAAGCUACAACAUUGAUUCUGAAGAAGAACUAGAUAAUAAUCACAUAGAAGAGCUCGACCAACCAACCUACACUGCUGAUCUUCCCAUUAUAAUAAACUGGAAUGAAGAUCUACCAAACAAUAUCAGUGUUCCAAAAAUUGACAUUCACAGCUUGAUACUUGAUUUUGGAGCGGUGUCUUUCCUUGAUAUGUCUGGAAUGAAAGGCUUAAAAGGGGCUUUAAAAGAAUUUCUGAAAAUUGAAGUUGAUAUUUACAUUGCUGGCAUAGAUGAUAACCUUUUGGAAAAGCUUGAUCGAUGUGGAUUUUUUGAUGACGAAAUUACAACUUCAAUGAUUUUCAUCAGCAUUCAUGAUGCUCUGUUACAUAUACUUGCUAAAAAGGAUAAUAUAUCCAACCUUAAUUUAAAGGUGAAGGAAACACGAUUUUUUGCAAAUGAAUACACAAAUCUGGGCAUCAGUUCUAAGGCUGAAAAAGAAACAAAACUACUUGUAAAUGAAGAUAAAAAUGGAAGUCUUCGAAACAGAGCAAAUUCUGCAACAGUCACCUCUGCAAUUUAGUCAUAAGAACUGAAGAAUAAAUUGGCCUGAUGAUUUCCAAAAAUAUGCCAAUAUGCAAUCACC